AUGGCGGCGAGCGAGGCCCGACCGUGCCGACGCUGCUACCUGCUGCUUUGCUGCCUCCUCCAUCGCUGCUGCUAUUUAUUAUGUCGACUUGUUAGAUCUGUAUUGUCGUUGAUCUCCAUGUUUUCCUCUGGUGUUCGUCUUAUCCCAGGGUCUCAGCGAGAUGAGGGCGUCCUCUUCGUCCGCUACGCCGGCGGCUCGCUUCCAUGUUGCAGUACUACUCGUCUGGACGUUUCGUUUUUUCCAUUCACAAAUCACACGGACUCGCGUUACGAUUUGAACCCUCGAUUCUCGCCGACGCCCGCCGCUCCCGCCCCUACCCCCGGCUCCUCGGCGGCUCCUCCGCGCCCGCCAUAUCGCGCCGUCCUUCCCCGCAAGGUCCUCCGCCCGGCAGGCACGGACGUGGACCUCGGCGCAGUCCGGCCGCACCGCGUGGACGAGGGUUGCGCCGGCAAGGAGGACAUCGCCAUCUACCAGGGCCGGGGGACGACGCUGCCGAGCGGGGUGCCGGCGUACACGGUGGACGUGAUGAACCGGUGCUCAGGCGGCGACGGCGACUGCGCGAUCGCUGGCAUCCAUGUGCGGUGCGGCUGGUUCAGCUCCGUCAGCCUGGUGGACCCGCGCAAGUUCCGGCGGCUCGCGCGCGACGACUGCCUCCUCAACGACGGCCAGCCACUCCUCGCCGGCGAGACCAUCUCGUUCGAGUACUCCAACUCGUUCCCCUACCAGCUCUCCGUCGCCGUCGCCACCUGCGUCGACCCGGCCGCGGCCACCUCCCCCUAG